GCACACACAUAAAACGGCCUUUCUUGCGCCACUCGUUAGUUGUGACUUGUGACCUCUGUUUCUCUCUUAUUCCUUUCUCUCAAAGAAACAUCAUCAAAAGCACCCACCCAUCCCAAAAUCCCUUCAGUUUUCAAUAUUAUGAUCGAUUCCAUGGAUUGGGUUCGCGGCAAUUCGAUCGGUCACGGUAGCUUCUCCACUGUUAAUUUGGCUAUACCGAGAAACGACAGUGGUGCUUCUUUAAUGGCUGUGAAAUCUUGUGAUGUUUUUGACUCUGUUUUUCUUGAGAAUGAGAAAGAUGUGUUGGAUCAACUCGGGGACUGUGAGCAUAUUAUUCGCUGUUUCGGCAGCGAAGAGAGCGUCGAAAACGGGCACAGAUUGUCUAAUUUGUUGUUGGAAUAUGCUGCUGGUGGUAGUUUAGCUCACUGGGUUAAAAACAAUGGUGGAUGUUUACGAGAGUCUGAUGUUAGACACUACACAAGGUCGGUAUUAAAGGGUUUGAGUUAUAUUCACGCAAAAGGGUUUGCUCAUUGCGAUUUAAAGCUUCAGAAUUUGUUGUUGUUCGAGGAUGGUGAAUUAAAAAUUGCAGAUUUUGGGUUGGCAAAGAAAGUUGGGCAGAAACUAGAGGGGGUACAGGUUCGAGGGACUCCUUUGUGUAUGGCUCCUGAAUCGGUAAAUGAAAACGAGUAUGACUCGCCGUGUGAUAUUUGGGCUCUUGGGUGCGCUGUGGUUGAGAUGAUUACAGGAAAGCCAGCAUGGAAUUGUAGGGCUGAUGCUAAUAUUGCAGCUUUGUUAAUUAAAAUUGGAGUAAGUGAUGAAUUGCCUGAAAUUCCUCAAGAAUUGUCUAACGAAGGGAAGGAUUUUUUGUCAAAGUGUUUUGUUAAAGAUCCUCAAAGAAGAUGGACUGCUGAUAUGCUAUUGGAUCAUUCUUUUGUUGCUGAUCAUUAUGAUGAUGAAUUCAAUUCCACUACUACUGUUACAUUCAAGAACAAAAAAGAAGUACCAUCAUCAUCACCAAGAUGUCCUUUUGAGUUUCAAGAAUGGAUUUCAAUUCCAUCUUCUUCCCCAAAUUCUGAAGUAUGGUCUCACAGGGAAUUGGAAUCAAGAAUUGACUGGUCCUCUUUGUCUAGUACACCAUCAUCUUCUCCAGUAGAUAGAAUCCAGCAACUGACAAGUGAUCAUCAAGGUUGCAAUUGGGCCUUUUCUGAUAGCUGGAUCACUGUAAGGUGAAGCAGAGAAGCAAGCAAUUUAGAAGAUUUUUUAUUUUUUUUGAGGUGACAUUUAACAAUUCAGAUUCCAUUAAAAAUCUGAAAUUUUGGUUAUUGUAAAUGGGUAGGAGACAGACAUAGAGACUGUAAUUAGCAGACUGACUAUAGGUAAUUCAGUAGUCCUGAUUGGUCACUGCUGGUGGCUGAGUGUAUAGAAGAAAUACAUUUUUUUUUUUGUUUCUUCAAUUGAAAUGACAGAGUACAUUAUUACUUUUAUCAAGAAAGGUCAUUUUUGGCA